AUGCACGACGACUCCACUAUUGAUCCAUAUACCAACAAACCUGAAAUAAUUCUAGAUUAUAAUAUGACCAAAGGGGGUGUGGACACAGUGGACAAAAUGUGCAAUACCUAUUCUGUUGGAAGAAGAACAAAAAGGUGGCCAUUGGCUUUCUUCUUUCAGUUGCUAAAUAUAGCAGGCAUCAAUAGCCAAAUUUUGUAUAACGGCACUCACCCUGAAUCUCCUCACAAGUCCAGAAGAAUUUUCCUGAAAACUCUUGCUCUGUCAUGGAUGAAACCUUUUCUUUCUGAAAGAGCUGCAAUACCUACGUUACCUAUAGAUAUCAGACAUUUCCUAUCCAGAUAUAGACAAACUCAAAUGGAUGAAGAAGAGGAGCCACCCAGAAAAAUUAGAGGAAGAUGCUCCAUCUGCGCCCGAAAAAAAAAUAGAGUUACCACAAUUACAUGCAGCAUUUGUCACCAGUUAGUGUGUAAAGAGCAUAGUGUCAACGUUAUCACCCGCCACAAAUGUAAGGAAGGCGGAUCCCAUAGGCUUUUGGACAAGUCUUAG